ACGUCCCUGUACGCAUCCCCAGCCUCCAUGGUCCCAGACCCAGGCCCUGCCAACAACAGCACCCCGGCCUGGGGCCCCGGACCUCCGGCGGCCCCCGGGGGCAGCGGCUGGGUGGCGGCCGUGCUGUGUGUGGUCAUAGCGCUGACGGCGGCGGCCAACUCGCUGCUCAUCGCGGUCAUCUGCACGCAGCCAGCGCUGCGCAACACGUCCAACUUCUUCCUGGUGUCGCUCUUCACGUCGGACCUGAUGGUGGGGCUGGUGGUGAUGCCACCGGCCAUGCUGAACGCGCUGUACGGACGCUGGGUGCUGGCGCGUGACCUCUGCCUGCUCUGGGCGGCUUUCGACGUGAUGUGCUGCAGCGCCUCCAUCCUUAACCUCUGCCUCAUCAGCCUGGACCGCUACCUGCUCAUCCUGUCGCCGCUGCGCUACAAGCUGCGCAUGACGCCCCCGCGCGCCCUGGCGCUGGUCCUGGGCGCCUGGAGCCUGGCUGCGCUCGCCUCCUUCCUGCCUCUGCUGCUGGGCUGGCACGAGCUGGGCCACGUGCGGGCACCUGCUCUGGGCCAGUGCCAACUGCUGCCCAGUCUGCCCUUCGUCCUCGUGGCGUCAGGCCUCACCUUCUUUCUGCCCUCUGGUGCCAUCUGCUUCACCUAUUGCAGGAUCCUCCUGGCUGCCCGCAGGCAGGCCGUGCAGGUGGCCUCGCUCACCACCGGCGUGGCCAGCCAGGCCUUGGAGACACUGCAGGUGCCCAGGACCCCACGGCCAGGCGGGGAGUCGGCUGACAGCAGGCGUCUGGCCACCAAGCACAGCAGGAAGGCCUUGAAGGCCAGCCUGACGCUGGGCAUCCUGCUGGGCAUGUUCUUCGUAACGUGGCUGCCCUUCUUCGUGGCCAACGUGGCCCAGGCUGUGUGCGACUGCAUUUCCCCGGGCCUCUUUGAUGUCCUCACGUGGCUGGGGUACUGCAACAGCACCAUGAACCCCAUCAUCUACCCACUCUUCAUGCGGGACUUCAAGCGGGCCCUGGCCAGGCUCCUGCCGUGCCCCCACUGUCCUCAGCAGCGCCGGGCCAGCCUGGCGUCCCCCUCCAUGCGCACCUCUCACAGUGGCGCCCGGCCAGGCCUCAGCCUGCAGCAGGUGCUGCCGCUGCCGCUGCCCCCGGACUCGGGCUCCGACUCGGACUCGGGCUCCAGAGGCUCCUCGGGCCUUCAGCUCACGGCCCAGCUACUGCUGCCUGGCGAGGCCACCCGGGACCCUGCGCUGCCCGCCAGGACCCAGAUGGUCAACUUUGACAUCGAUCCCGCGGACAGGGAGCUGCGGCUGCACCCGCUGGGUACCCCCACGAGCUGACCGAGUUUGGAGCCGGCCGGCGGGGAGGUGG